AUGGACGAGCUGCGGGCGUUGGUGCAGCGGAGGGGCUGCAUCGAUGUGGCGGUGGUCCUCUUCGAUGACUAUGAGAUGUUGGACGUCUAUGGCCCUCUGGAGCUGUUGGCUUGUUCCAAAGUGCUACCCCACCGCGAGAGUCGAGGGCGGAUGCGGAUCCGCUUCCUCUCGGUGGCUGAGACCAAGAUGGCCAAGCCUGCAGAUGGUGUCACCACCAUGACCGAUGCCUGCGUCUACGACGAUGCGGCGGCUCCUGCUGAUGUGCUUUUCGUCCCGGGUGGCCUUGGGACACGUGCCUUGCAGCAUGACGCGAAGUUCGUCGCGCGCUUGGCCGAGCUGGCGGCACGGGCAACGGUCGUGCUCAGCGUUUGUACUGGGUCUUUGCUGCUGGCCGCGAGCGGCGCAUUAAGUGGCAAGAAGGCAACCACCAACAAGGUGGCCUUUGACGAGAUUGCAUCGCAGCAUCCGAGCGUCCAAUGGCAGAAAGCUGCCCGCUGGUCUGUGGAUGGGAAGUUCUACACCUCAUCAGGGGUGGCCGCCGGCAUUGACUUGGCACGGUUCUUCCUCAAAGAGCUCUUCAGCACCAAGGUGGCUCAGAUGGCGUGCAACGUCGCCGAGUACCAACACUCGGAGGACGCCGAUCAUGAUCCCUUUGCUCAUCGAACAUCGAAGCCGGUGUUGAAGAAUUCCCUGGGACGCACCUUGCGCUUAGUCUUAGUUGCCUAUGAUCAGUUUGAGAUGCUCGACACCUUUGGGCCCCUAGAGAUGUUUGCCGUGGCCAAUCGCCUCCUGGUGCGGCAAGGGGAGAAGCCUGCCUUUGAGCUCACGAGUGUGGCCGAAGACCAGCUCACCAAGUCCUUCGAGGGCCCGGUCUUCUGCAUGGACCAGGUCUUACAGAACGCGACACGCUUGGAGGAGAUCGAUCUUCUGUUGCUUCCUGGUGGGAUUGGCACGAUCCGGGAGAUCUACAAUCCGCUUUUCCAGCACUCCAUCCGCGCCCUGGUGGAAAGCUCUCAGCGGGUGAUGACCGUUUGCACCGGGAGCGCCAUCCUGGGCUCGGCGGGGCUGCUGGAGAAUCGCCGUGGCACCACCAACAAGUUGGCGUUUGAUUUGAUGCAACUGUUCGCGCCCCGAGUCAAGUGGUUUCCAACUGCUCGCUGGGUGGUGGACGGAAAGUUCUAUACCUCCAGUGGCGUCUCUGCGGGCACUGACCUCUCCUUGGCCUUGCUCCGCGAGCUCUUCGGCGCCCAGCUGGCCACGGCGGUGGCCGACCACGCGGAGUACUGCUGGGAGGCGACGGAUGAGGGGACGGUGGACCCCUUCACCCACACGAUCCCCAAGCAGACGUUGGGACAUCGGAUCUUCACCCGUGUUCAGAAGGCGGUGGUGGGCAUGAUUUUUUGGCUCGGCUUCAAAUGUGGAUUCAAGAUGCAAAUUACCCGAAGUCUCAUUUGA